GCAACACCAGCAUACAAACGUAUGUACCAAAACACAACAACUCAAUCGAAUACAAGAAAAGCCAGAACAACUUAGCCCCCAUUCAAGCAACCUCCAAUACUCAAUAAUACUCGAAGAAAAAAAAAAAAAAAAACAAACAGCAAAACAUUAGGGAACAACAAGCAAAGUGUAUGCCGCCUCUCAGUUGUGUGGUUGCACAAAUCUAUACCUUUGUGUGUGAAUAUAAUUUUUUUUCUUAUUAAAUUUGUAUAACAACAACAAAAGGUAGCAAAAGCAAAAAUCAAUAAAGUGAAAACAAAAUUGUGUUGCAAAUUACAAUAAAAUUCAAAUAUAAAGUCAUUAUUACCACAUCAAAAUGGACGGGCAACGCGCUCGCGACAUUCUUACAUUGUUGCAGGAGCGCGUCGUCUUCCUUACCGGCGGUAGGGAUAGGCGUGGCGGACCUAUACUCUGUUUUCCAGCUACGCCAAGGCGUGAUCGUUUAAAACCAGAUGACUUAAGGCGUCUGCUGAGCUAUCUGAUUAUGAUACCCAGUGAUUCGGCAAAAAAUCUGGGUUUCACUGUCAUCAUUGAUAUGCGCGGCAAUGGAAAUUGUUCAACGAAUGUCAAGGCCAUAUUGAAAGUGUUGCAGGAGCACUUUAGUGCCAACAUCCACAAUGUUGUCAUUAUAAAACCCGAUAAUUUUUGGCAAAAACAACGUGCCUCCAUAUCAUCACACAAAUACAAAUUCGAGACAUCGACCAUAUCGAUAGAGGCCCUUAAUAAAAUCGCCGAGGCCACUCAGUUGACGAGUGAUUUUGAUGGCAAUCAAAUGUACGAUCAUCAACAGUGGACGGAUGCUCGUUUGGCCAUAGAGGAUUUCUUUUGGCAGGCCAGUGAUUUGGCCGAUCGUAUUGACGAUUUGCAGGAGGACUUGCAACGCAAUGACUUUGCAGAGGAUGUGAGUGGCGCCCGGCAUGCACUGGAUCAUCACAAUGAAAUGAAAAAGAAGAUCCUUAAGCUGCCCAUUGAGGAUUUGGAUGUGCAGGGUAAAAAGCUAUUGGCCAAAAUAAACAUGACCGGUGGUGGCAGUGGGGGAGCGGGUGCAGCUGGUGGCGAUUGUGGGGGCAGCGACUCGGGCACCUCCUCACAAUCACAAAAUGCCUCGCAAACAUUUCGUGUGCCCGCCAACAAUCCCGAUAUGUCUGCGGCCAUGAGCAAAGCUUUACGACAAAUUGACCUCAUUCACUCGGGCCAGCAGCGUUUGCUUACCCUGUGGCAGCAUAAGAAAGUCAAACUGGACCAGUGUUUUCAGUGGCGCCUCUUCGAACAGGAUUGUGAGAAAAUGUUCGAUUGGAUACUGCACAAUCGUGAUGUGUUUCAAAUGUCCUAUGUGGAAAUUGGCCAUAAUUAUUCGGUGGCAAAAUCCCUACAGGAUGAACAUCAGAAAUUUGCCGUGGCCUCCAUGAAUGUCUCUGUUAACAUCGAUCGAAUACUGGCGGUGGCCUCGCGGCUUAUAGAGAGUCAACAUUAUGCUGCGCAGAACAUUAAGACAUUGGCCACACGCCUUGAUCGCACCUGGAAAGACUUUGCCGCCGGCCUGGAUGAGAGAACUGCAGUGCUGCAGCUCAGUGUGCUGUUCCACCACAAGGCCGAACAGUAUUGUAAUAGUGUGGCCUCCUGGGCGGCAGCCUGCCAGGCCUCGCAGCCUUUACCCUCAGAUAUUCAGAGCCUUGAGACGGCCAUACGGACACACCAAUCGCUAUACGAGGCCAUGUGUCAGGCCUACACGGAAGUACACUCCACCAGCAAAAAAUUACUUUAUCAAUUGGAUCACCUUGUGCAGGUGUGCAAUCAACCUCCCCCACCGGGGGUCCCCGACCAUCGCAAGAACAGCAGCUACAACAAAUAUGGCAGACAGAAUCCUGCGGCCGACUACAGUGAGGGCGCCUCCCAUGUACUGGCUGUAAUACAUCAAAUUCUGGGUCACCAUCGCUCCCUGGAAUCAAAGUGGCACCAAGAAAAGAUUCGUUUGCAUCAGACUCUUGCCCUGCGUCUCUUUCAGGAGGAUGUCAAACAAGUCUUGGACUGGCUGAAAAAUCAUGGCGAAGUAUUUGUGCGCAAGAAUACCGGCAUUGGCAGGAAUCUCCAGAAGGCACGGGUCUACCAGAAAUCUCAUGAACAUUUCGAAAAUGUUGCCCAAAACACUUACAGCAACGCGGAGAAACUGUUGGCCGCCGCCGAGGAACUGGCGCGCAGCGGAGAGGCUGAUCCCAAUGAAAUUUACUCGGUGGCCCAUGAGCUGGAGAUUCAGGUUGCCAGUUUUGCGGAGCGAGUAGAACAAAGACGGAGGCGCCUUGACAUGGCUGUAAUUUUUUACACCCAUGAAAAGGAGGUCACCGCCUGGAUUGAUCAGCUCAGAGCCGAUGUUUCCACCGACGAAACGAUGUUGUCUCAGGAGAAUCUCGAAGGCAUUGAACGUCUGUUGCAGCAGUACAGGGAGCAGCAGGAUAAUACUCUGAAGGGUUGCAUGCAGACCAUAGCACAAGGCGAGGCAUUACUCCAGGAGAUGCGUUCUCUGGAAUAUGCCGACACCACAGGUUCGCUGUCAGCCUUGGAAGCAGCUUUGGAAAAGCUCUCCAAACAAAAAGUCGAAUUGGAAGAAUUGUGGUCAGCGCGUAAAUUCCGUGCAGAUUUGAUAUUACGCCUGCGCUAUUUCGAACGUGAUGCCAUGGAACUGUCUUCACAACUGGAAAUUUGGUCCGAGGAACUGCAGCAUGCCGACCUAUCGCGAGAUUACCAAAAGGCCGAGCAGCUAAUACGCAUGCACAACGAAUCUGUGAGUGAUAUACAAAACGCCACCUAUGAGGUGCUGGAACAGGGCCAGGAGCUGCUGCAGAUGUUUGAGUCGGCCGGCUUUAUUUCGAUGGCCGAUGCAACGCACACAGCUCAGGCUCGCAUUGAGUACUUGCUUAACUUCUUGCGUGAGCGUGAAAUUGACUUGGAGGAGCUGUCAGAAGCUAAGAGAGCCAAAUUGGAGCAAGCUGUUCAGCUGUGUCAGUUCCAGAACGAUGCCAACCAAGUGAUAUCGUGGAUAAGAAAUGGCGAGGCCAUGUUGGUGGCUAGUUUUGUAACGCCCAAUAGCCUCCAAGAAGCCGAGCAAUUGCGCAAAGAGCAUGAGCAGUUCCAGGUGGCCAUUGAGAAGACUCACACAUCAGCGGUGCAAGUGAAAUAUCGUGCCGAUGCUCUCAUCAAUGCCAACCACUACGAUCCCCAAUCCAUACGCGAAAUCUCAGAUGAUGUGACCAAAAAGUGGCAACAACUGGUGACAUAUGCCGAAGAGCGCCAUAAGUUGGUUACGGCCUCCAUAAAUUUCUACAAAACUGCUGAGCAGGUGUGCUCGGUUUUGGAUAGCUUGGAGCGUGAAUAUCGGCGCGAAGAUGAUUGGUGCGGUGGUGGGGGUUCCAGUGAUAAGGCCCAAACCAUUGUGCAGCUAAUUUCCAAGCACCAGGAACAAAAGGAGGCCUUCCUCAAGGCCUGUACUCUGGCCCGUCGUACGGCGGAAACUUUCCUCAAAUAUGCCAAUCGCUCGCAACAAUACUACGAAUAUCAACCUCAAGGAAACUGCGAAAAUCGCGUUAAAACUAUUUUGGAUAAGCUACUCACCCAGGAAAACCAGGUGCUUGAGUUCUGGACUCAGCGCAAGAAGUCUCUGGACCAAUGCCAGCAAUUUGUAUUAUUCGAGCGUAGCGCCAAACAAGCCAUUGAAUGGAUACACAAUACCGGCGAAGCUUAUCUGUCCUCGCGGACAAAUCUGGUGGGUAAAACUCGCGAAGAAACCGAGGGUUUGCUCAAAGAGCACAAUGAAUUCCGGGGCACAGCCAAAGAGACAAGGGAACGGGUUAAACUGCUUAUCCAAUUAGCCGAUAGUUUGGUGGAGAAGGGUCAUGCCCAUGCGAGUUCCAUAAAGCAAUGGGUGGCCUCCGUGGACCAGAGGUACAAGGAUUUCAGCAAUCGCAUGGACUCUUAUAGGGAACAAUUGGAGAAAUCUCUGGGCAUGAUUGGCGAAUCGGAUGCCAAUACAUCGAUGAAUUCAGCCACAGGUUCUUCCUCAUCGUCUAACGAUCGUCAUUCAGAUCCAACUUUGGAAGCAAAGCUGACUACCUCAACCACAGUUGUUAAUAAGGAGAUAAAUGAAGAAAAAAGAAAAUCUGCCCGCCGAAAAGAAUUCAUUAUGGCCGAGCUGAUGCAAACCGAAAGAGCCUAUGUGAAAGAUUUGGACACCUGCAUCAAGUGUUUCCUCGAAGAGUUCCGUUUCGGCCAGGGGGUGCCAGCUGCUCUCACCGGCAAAGAGGACAUCAUCUUUGGCAACAUACGGGAAAUCUAUAAUUUCCAUCAUAAAAUCUUUUUGCGCGAAUUGGAAAAGUACGAGACAAUGCCCGAAGAUGUGGGCCAUUGUUUUGUCACCUGGGCGUGUAAAUUUGAUAUGUAUGUGCACUAUUGCAAGAACAAACCCACAUCGAACAAUCUGCUGGUGCAACAUGCGGGCACCUACUUCGAUGACUUGCAACACAAGCACAAGGUGGAACACCCGCUGCCAGCUUUCCUAAUUAAACCCGUACAGCGCAUAACAAAAUACCAGCUGUUGCUGAAAGAUCUACUGUCGUGCUGUGAAGAGAGCCAUGGUGAAAUCAAGGAGGGUCUCGAGGUCAUGCUUAAUGUGCCGAAGAAGGCAAAUGAUGCCAUGCAUUUGUCGCUGUUGGAAAACUGUGAUGUCUCCAUAGAUAGUUUGGGCGAAGUAGUAUUGCAGGAUGCAUUCCAGGCAUGGGACACCAAGCAAUUGAUACGCAAAGGUCGCGAAAGAAGGGUAUUUCUGUUCGAAAUGUAUUUGUUGUUCGCCAAAGAAGUCAAAGACUCGAAUGGUUCGGUGAAAUAUCAAUUCAAAAGCAAAUUAAUGACCACAGAUCUUGGCAUUACCGAACACAUUGAAGGUGAUGAGACUAAAUUUGCUGUUUGGACGGGUCGCUCUCCCAUGCUGUCCGAUUGCCGCAUUGUACUUAAGGCCAAUAGUUUAGAAACCAAACAGGUUUGGGCCAAAAAACUACGCGAAGUCAUGCAAGAAACUUGCUUCUCUGGCACCUCACUCACCCUGCCGAAAUCGCCAGCCAAGAAUUCUGGUUCAUCCCAACGUUCCUCGCGUGAUUUAGAUGAUCCUUUGACUGAAAAUGAUCACGACAGAUGUUCCCUAGCCAGUUUUGGAUCUGGCAAUACCACAGACAGUGAUAACAAAAUUGGUUCUCAUGAGGCCACCUGGGUAAUCGCUGACUUUAUAGCGGCGACGGGUUCGAAUGAAUUGAGUGUUACCAAAGGACAACAAGUGGAAAUUGUUGAGGCACCCACAGCAAAUGAACCCGACUUUUGUUUGGUUCGCCUCAAUCCCCAAUGUGAUGAUGCUGCGGUACAAGAGGGUCUGGUACCAGUGUCCAUACUAAAGCCGCCACCAGGUGCACAUAAGUCAAGUUCAGCGCGCAAAGAUAAAAAUGAUACCACCUUACAAGAUCAAACAAAUAAUCGCAGUAAACCCGAUCCACUUACAUCAUCAACAAAACGAAGGGGUCUGGGAGGGCGUAAAUGGUUACCCCAAAUUGGUCGUAAACCAACACAGAGCAAAGUCGAGAAAACACCCGAAAAAUUAUUGGUUAAAAAAUCGUCGGAGAAGAUCUUUAAGUUACCAGCCAAACAAAUGGACGAUACCCAAACAUCACAGCUGUUGGCAACAGCAAACUCAUCGCAACUCAAUACAUCACAACAAGACUUUGAGGCUGAGGAGGAAGUUGGACUGGAACUACCGCCACCGAUGAAGCCAAUACAAGAACCACAUUUGAUUGCAAAUGGGCCGCCAACUUUCAAUAAGGAUAUGAUGAAGGAUAACUCAUCCGUAAUGGCCAGCUCAGGCAAAAUGGAUGGUCUAUCGGAAAUCGAACAGAUUGUUAAAGAAAAAACAGAAAGACAUGAAGAAAAAUCAAAAAUUCUCAGUGAGUGCAGCAGUAAUCGUGGUGGAGCAGCUACCAACAAUAGCAGUAGCAGUGAUUGCCCCGGUAUUGCUAUGGGAUCGGAAAACAUCGAUACGGCGAUGAUCUAUCCGAGUUGUGACAACAACACCAACAAAUCAUCAAUGACUGUAACGAUGGCAGCCAGCAGCAACAGCGACAAUAAUGACGAAAACUCGACAGCAGCACAUGCGGCCGCCGAAGCAAGUGAUAAUGAGUCGUCUAUACAGAAUCGUAGAUUUCCUGCACUAGCCGAACUUCUGUCGACCGAAGAAAAGUACAUUGAGGAUUUAGGUGAUAUUGUUAAUGGGUACAUAAAGGAAUUGAGAAAUGUGAAUAGUGAAAUAUCAUUGCCAAAUGAUUUAAGAGGACCCAAAGGACAAAUGGUGUUUGCCAACAUAGAAGCCAUUUACGAAUGGCAUCGAGACUAUUUUCUGAAAGCCUUGAAACAAAGCCAAAAAACUCCAGCUGAGUUAGGUACGAUGAUUAAACGCUACGAGAAUAAAUUCCAAAUGUACAUAACCUAUUGCAAUAAUAAACCUAAAUCGGAACAUAUUGUCACAGAACAUGCUCAAUAUUUUGAUUUAGUGCGACAGAAAUUACGCCAUCGUCUCGAUCUAAGUGAUCUGCUCAUAAAACCUGUGCAAAGAUUACCCAAGUAUGUCCUUCUCUUGAACACCAUUACUAAACAAAUUGAACAAGCUGGUAUGGUGGAGGAUGUAGCCUGCAUGAAGGAAGCUUGUAAUGUAAUGAAUGCCAUUUGCAAAGAUGUCAAUGAUAUUAUGGUGCUGAGGAGUCUCAAAAAUUUCGAUGGUAAUAUAACAGCCCAAGGCAAGUUACUCAUCCAUGGUCCGCUAAGCUGUUUGGAGAAUGGCAAAAAUGUCACUGAACGAAAGUAUCGCGAAUUACACGUAUUCCUCUUCGAUCAGGGCAUAUUCUUCACCGAAAGACAAAAUUCUAAAAUACAAUUCUCAGCUCCUACCUACAUAUAUCGGUCACACAUUCAAGUUAAUAAAAUGCUAUUAGAGGAAUGUAAGAAUAAUGGUUUCCUGCUAAAGUCCAUUGAUCCCAAUCGGCCAGAUUGGAGUAUGAUUUGUUUUGCGGCCACCAUCGAUUUACAUCGCGAGUGGUAUGACACCAUACGCAAACAAUUGCAACUUCAGCAUGACUUUCUAAAUGCCCUUAUAAGGCCAAUUGCCUAUCAGCAGCAACAGCAACAACAACAAACUAAAUUAAACCACGAGCAGCUAUAGCCAAAUCAUGAUUAUUAAACUCUCUAAUCAUUGACAGCCUAUUUCUACCCUCGUCGUUGUCCUUAUCCUGCUCUAGCAACAGCUCCACCUUGUCUCUUGGCACACAAACACCAAUAGUCGCGAAUUGUGUAUUGCCAUACAAAUCAACCAAAAAGAGCAACAUUUGACUACUACAAAAGAAGUUGUCAUCAAGUACGUCCUAUCUUUUUCCCUACAACAUGUAAAAUAUCCCCCAAAAAAUUAACAAUCGGCAAAAAAAAAGUUUCAGAAAAACAAAAAAAGUAAAUAUGUGGAUUUGCAAUCAAAAAUAAAACCAAAAAAAAAAACAUUUUAAAUGUGCACUCUAAAUUAAAAAAUUAAAAAAUAAAUAAAUUAGUGAAAGAAAAAGAAAACCAACCCACAUACACACACACACAUACCCAAAGGCAAAACAAAGAAGGACAGUUCAGCAACUUUAUGUGUGCUCAGUUAUUAUACUCAGUUAACAAGAACAACAACAUCAACAACCAAGAAUAUUUAUAAAAAAAAAACAAAUAUUAUAAAUACCCCUACUCCCCUAUCCCUAUAUUAUAACUUGCUGAAAAGAAAGCGGAAACAAAAACAAAUUCUAAUGUAAAUUAUUUAACGUUUAGUAUCAUCCAAUCAACCACAAUUUAUGAAUCAAUCACUCAUAUUUGAACUUGUAUGGAAUUUUAGUAUAUAAUUGUGUAUUUGGUGCAAACAUCCCGGUGGUAUACAGAAGGGCUUAUUCUCCCCAACCCAACUCCAUACUACUAAAAGAUGCAAACCUAAAGAAAAAUACAAAGUAGGUUGAAAAUGUUUUAGGCGAAUUACAAAUGAAGAAGUAUUACUUCAAUGCAAUUUAAA